CCAUUCACGUAGUUUGGUUGCGUCUUGGCGUGUUUAAUGUUGCCAAUAACGAGAGAUUUUUUUUAGGGGGAGGGGGGACUCGAGAACAUAUCGUGCUGCAAUUAGUUCAUUGAAAACUCAGUCGCUCGCGGAGCGGUCAGACGGAGACUGCUCUCGGCAUUUUUCCCUCCUGCCUAAGGAUCUCCUGCGGAGAGCUGCAACAAUGCCCAAAAGAAAGGCUGCAGGUGAUGCCAGUCAGGAGCCAAAGAGAAGAUCAGCCCGACUGUCUGCUAUGCCUGUGCACUUUACACCAGAGGUGAAGCCUAAAAGAACAUCAACUCCAAGGAAACUGAAGACCACAAAUGUUGCAGUGGAAGAAAACAAAGAUGUGAGUGCCGUAACAACUCCCGAAACCAAGCCAGAAGAUGUUAAAGAAGAGUGCAACGUGGAAAAUGCUGAAAAUGGAGAAGCCAAAAUUACUGAGGCACCCAUUCCUACAAUGGAAACUGAGGAAAUAAAGGAGCAGAUGAAUGAAGAUGCUGAAGAAGAUGGAGGAGAAAAGAAAGAAGCAGUGGUGGCAGAAGGAAAAGAUGAUGAAAAUGUCCAAAAGAUGGAGAAAGAGGAAGAUGGAAAAGGUGAUGAAAAUGUCCAAAAUACAGAGAAAGAGGAAGAUGGAAAAGGUGAUGAAAAUGUCCAAAAUACAGAAAAAGAGGAAAAUGUCCAAAAUACAGAGAAAGAGGAAGAUGGAAAAGAGGAAAAUGUCCUAAAUACAGAGAAAGAGGAAGAUGAAAAUGUCCUAAAUACAGAGAAAGAGGAAGAUGGAAAAGAGGAAAAUGUCCUAAAUACAGAGAAAGAGGAAGAUGGAAAAGAGGAAAAUGUCCUAAAUACAGAGAUAGAGGAAGAUGGAAGAGAGGGUAAAGAUGAAGGCGAGGAGGUAAAAGACGGAAAUGGGGAAGAAAUCCUAGAAGAGAAGACAGGCUCGGCGGAAAGUGAGGGUGUGAAGGACAAAGAUGAUGAAGACAAAGGAAGCGAUGACAACGAAGAGGACAAAGAGGAAGGGGAUGGGAAGAAGGAAGAAGAGAAAGAUGCCAAGGAAGAGAAAGCUGAAGUGGAGGGAGAAAUAAAAGAACAGAAAGAGGAAAAAGAAGAGGAGGAUGGAAAAUGCCAAGAGCAGGAAAAUAAGGAAGAGGGGAAGGAAGGCCAGAGUGAGGCAGAUGGAAAGGAGAAGGAUGAUGGAGAAGAGAAAGAUGGAAAGGAAGAAGAAGGAAAAGAAAAGGAGGCUCCAGAGGAAGGAAAUGGUGAAAACAAGGUGGAGGCGGAAAAGGAAGUUGAAAACAAAGAUUUCAAACAAGAUGGAGAAAAGGAGUCUCUGAGUAUUGUCUAAAACUGCCCUAUGUGAUAUCAUAAUUUGGUAACAAGUACCUUCCUGUUGUAAUGUUAAUAGAGAUAAAUAUUUUUAUCAGAUAUUUUAUAAACAGUGCUUUUCUUUAGCAUCAUUCAAUCUUGGAACAUCAUCAUACAGGUUAUUAGUUGCAAAAUACCUAACAUGACACCUUUAUACAUUUUGUGAUUAUAGUAGUGCAAAAUAUAAAAUGUAUACUUGCAACUUUGUGAAUUUCACUGUGUGUAAGUUAUAUAUUAAAUCUUUGAGUUUCAAUUUUAUUCUUAUAUGUGAUAAUUUUGCAAAGUAGGAGAAUCCCAAAAGAAAGAGUUUGGUACAACUUUGUUGUAGUUCCCUAGGUUGCUUUUAUAAAGAAGGUCAACUAUUUUCAGGUAAUGGUAAGAGUUAGAAUCACCAUUACCAAAUAUAACUGUAUCAGUAGCUUGGAAAGAAUAUAAAAAUCUUAAUUUCAUCAUUGAAGAAAUCUGAAUGUUUAUUCCAGGAGGGCAGUUUUGAUUAUAUGUGUAUGCACAAAGUUUUGCUGCAUUUAUCGUAAUAAAACAGUUCCACAAA